AUGAAUGACUUGCCUCAAAUGCCCACGCCUUAUCAGCAGCAUCAACACCAGCAUGGAAACAAGAAACCGCAGCAGCAGCAGUAUCAAGACCAACAGCAAAGCUUGAACGGUCAGAAAAUAAGUUAUAGACCACCGCCACAACAAGUGUCAAGCAGAACAGGCUCGCAGACGUUUCAACAACCUCCUGGCCAUGUGAUACCGCAGCAACAGCCCCAAUAUCAAUACCAGCCGGCACCUAAUCCCGAUUACUCUCGCCAACAGCAACAACAGCAACGACACCAUCACCACCACCACCACCAACAGCAGCAGCAGCAGGUAUCUCCGCAGCCGUUAUACCAACAACAACCACCACCACCGCAACAACAACAUGUUUACCAGCCAAUGCCACAACCGCAACCACCGCUACAUAUGCAACCCUCAUACAGCCAGCUGCCGCCCGCUCACCCCGGAGCAUACAAUCCACAAGCAUCCCAACUGUUGAACCGACAGUACCAGAGUUAUCUGCAAUCGGGCCAGAUCACUAAUCCGCAGCAGUUUGAUCCAAUGCAGCAGGAACCAAGCGGCGUGAGCAAGAAACCACCACCACCAUCAUCAUCAUCAUCGCAGCAAACAAUACACUCUCCCCCUAUUCACAGUUCCAAACCUUCAAAUAGAUCAAAAGAAUCACUAGCCACUGAUAAAAGCCUCACGUCGAAGCAGAAGCUAGGAAUUGAAUUGCGAAGCGUCUUUGAAAAAGUGGAUGUGAAUAAAAGUGGCAAAAUCUCAGCUAAGGAAUUGUCCUAUGCGCUCUUGAAUUUCGACCACACAAGGUUCCAGGAAUCAACCAUCAAGCUCAUGCUCAACUUAUUCACAAAUAGAAACGACGCAUCCUCAUCGUCGUCGUCGUCAACCCCGUCUUACAAUUCCAACAAGUCGCUAAAUUUCGAACAAUUUGUUUCGCUUUGGAAGUACCUCUCGGCUUAUAAGAAGUUGUUUAUCCAAGCAGAUUCAAACAAAUCGGGCGACAUCUCAUUUGGUGAGUUUCAGAAAAUCCUCGAGCAGAUUGGCUACAAGUUGGACAUUGAUCUAGUGCUUCACUUGUUUUCCAAAUACAGUGUCAAGGACGACGGACAAGUGGGGAGACUCAAAUUCGACUCCUUUAUCGAGCUUUUGGUGUACUUGCGGAAACUAACUGACAUUUUCAAAAAGUACGACAAGAGUCUCUCGGGAACUGCCACGAUUGGGUUCUCCGAUUUUCUAUUCGAGAUAAGUAACAUGACAUGA